GCGCCGGAGCCGCGGGCAGCGCUGCCGGGAUGAGCACCAGCGCGGUGGGUGGCGGCGGGGCCAGUGGCGGCAGCAGCAGCAGCUCACAGGCCUCCUGCGGGCCCGAGUCCUCGGGCUCCGAACUGGCCCCAGCCGUGCCGGCGCCACGGAUACUGCAGGGGCUGCUGGGCUCCGACGACGAGGAGCAAGAGGAUCCCAAGGACUACUGCAAGGGUGGCUACUACCCCGUGAAGAUCGGGGACCUGUUCAAUGGGCGGUACCACGUGGUGCGCAAGCUGGGCUGGGGCCACUUCUCCACCGUCUGGCUCUGCUGGGACAUCCAGCGCAAGCGCUUCGUGGCCCUCAAAGUGGUAAAGAGCGCAGGGCAUUACACGGAGACAGCUGUGGAUGAGAUCAAGCUCCUGAAAUGUGUCCGAGACAGUGACCCCAGUGACCCCAAAAGAGAAACCAUUGUCCAGCUCAUCGACGACUUCAGGAUCUCAGGGGUUAAUGGAGUCCACGUGUGCAUGGUAUUGGAGGUCCUAGGCCACCAGCUCCUCAAGUGGAUCAUCAAGUCCAACUACCAGGGCCUGCCCGUGCCCUGCGUGAAGAGCAUCGUGAGGCAGGUGCUGCACGGCCUGGAUUACCUCCACACCAAGUGCAAGAUCAUCCACACAGACAUCAAGCCUGAGAACAUCCUGCUGUGUGUGGGUGAUGCCUACAUCAGGCACCUGGCUGCUGAGGCCACAGAGUGGCAGCAGUCAGGGGCCCCGCCCCCAUCCCGUUCCACAGUCAGCACUGCCCCCCAGGAGGUCUUGACCGGUAAGCUGUCCAAAAACAAGAGGAAGAAGAUGAGGCGCAAACGGAAGCAGCAGAAGCGGCUGCUGGAGGAGCGGCUUCGGGACCUGCAGAGGCUGGAGGCCAUGGAGGCCAUGGAGGCGGCGGCCCAGGCCGAGGACUCUGGCUCAAGACUAGAGGGGGGCAGCGGCUCCACCUCCUCUUCUGGCUGCCACCCUGGGGGCGCCGGGGCCGGCCCCUCCCCGGCCUCCUCCUCCCCUGCCCCCGGGGGCAGCCGCAGCCUCAGCCCCAGCUCCCAGACCUCAGGCUUCUCGGGCUCGCUCUUCUCCCCCGCCUCGUGCUCCGUCCUCUCAGGCUCGUCCAACCAACGAGAGACCGGGGGCCUCCUGUCACCCAGCACACCAUUUGGUGCCUCCAACCUCCUGGUGAACCCCCUAGAGCCCCAAAAUGCAGACAAGAUCAAGAUCAAGAUCGCAGACCUGGGCAACGCCUGCUGGGUGCACAAGCACUUCACCGAGGACAUCCAGACGCGGCAGUACCGGGCCGUGGAGGUGCUGAUCGGCGCCGAGUACGGGCCCGCGGCCGACAUCUGGAGCACGGCGUGCAUGGCCUUCGAGCUGGCCACUGGCGACUACCUGUUCGAGCCACACUCCGGAGAAGACUACAGUCGUGACGAGGACCACAUCGCCCACAUCGUGGAGCUGCUGGGAGACAUCCCCCCGGCCUUUGCCCUCUCGGGCCGCUAUUCCCGGGAGUUCUUCAACCGGAGAGGAGAGCUGCGGCACAUCCACAACCUCAAGCACUGGGGGCUGUACGAGGUGCUCAUGGAGAAGUACGAGUGGCCCCUGGAGCAGGCCACGCAGUUCAGCGCCUUCCUGCUGCCCAUGAUGGAGUACAUCCCAGACAAGCGGGCCAGCGCGGCCGACUGCCUCCAGCACCCUUGGCUCAAUCCCUAGGCCCGGCUGGUGCUUUGGGCAGCUUGGGGCGGUCCUGGCUGCCCCCCACCCCCAGCCCUCAGUGCCUUCAGGGAAAGCAGGACAGCUCCGCCCCACUGCGGGACCGCCCCACCCACCCUGCUGAGUGCGAGCUUUCUCACACCGCCCUCGGCAGGGCAGACAGGUACCAGGGCCAGGCCUGCCUUUCAGAAUUCGUUCUGCCCCCAACCCUCGCAGAGGGCCCUCUGAAUGGGAAGCGCGCUGCCUGUUUUCUUAAUAAAGUGUGACUGAAA